AUGGAAAAUGCGCCAAGCAGUAACCCCUAUUCCAUUUUGAACGUAGAACCAAAUUGCAACAUAGAAACUGCGAAGAGGCAAUUUAAAAAGUUGGCUAUAAUUUACCACCCAGAUAAGCUGAAGUAUCACCUAAAUAGGGAACGCAAGGGGGUGGAGGGGAAUGCAGAAAAUGGGACCAAUGCAAGCAUUGCUGUGGGAAUUACCCCAAUAAGUGAACAAAACGAAGGGGAUAAAAAAGCGGACAAAAAUACCGCCAAAAAAGACAAUGUCGACUUCGUCACCCUGGUUUGGGCAUAUGAACAAAUUUUGAGAGACAUCCAACAUGGCAGCAAAUCCGAAAAGUACGAAAACGCCCUAAACAUCAAAAAGGUGGACCUGCAAUAUAUUAGCGAGGAAAAUGCCUACAUUUACUUUUGUCGGUGCGGGGACUUUUUUCUGUUCUCGGAAAAUUUAUAUUGCGAGUAUUACAUUAUCUAUGCAUGUCAGAGUUGUUCCUGCUCGGUUUAUCUAACUCCCUAA